AUGUCACAUCUCCAGUACUUUGACUACCCCGGCUUCGGUGAGCGAUCCAAGAAGGAAUUCAACUACAGUCAAGCCGUACGCAUUGACAAUCGCAUUGAAAUAUCCGGCCAAGGUGGCUGGGAUCGCCUCACCGAAGAGUACCCUGAAGACACUGCCAAAGAGGUCGACCAGGCUUUUGACAAUGUCGAACACGCACUUCAGCAAGCAGGCGGAAAGGGUUGGGAUCAGGUCUACAAGACACGUAUCUACAUCACGGUGCCCAUGGAUGAUAUUGCGGAGCCCAUUGUUCGGAAUAUCCACGCGAGGUGUACGAACCAUGGGCCGCUUAUGACGCUAGUACAAGUUGUAGCGUUGUACAAGACUAUGAGAAUUGAGAUUGAGGCGGAGGCACAUUUGGGUUGA